CCCCCCCCCCUUCAGAAUCAGAAACUUCACAUUGAAAACAGACUGCUCAGAGAAAAGACGAGUGGCUUACUGACAGAAAAUGAGGAACUGAGACAGAAACUUGGGUUGGAUACCCUUGACUCAAAAGAGAAGGUUCAGGUUCUGUUACCCACCGGGAACGAUGCAGGUUUAGGGGUCGGGUCUUCUGAGUCCGCAGCACUCAGGCUAUGUGUGUCCGCAGCAGGUGCAGGCCCAGCAGUCCCUAAAUCAGAAGACUUCCCAAUGGAUACAGAUGGUCCUCACAAUACAGGCAAUGAGUCUGAUUUGCUCUUGGGCUUUCUGGACAUCCUUGACCCAGAGCUGUUCCUCAAGUCUUGUGAGCAGGAGUGCCAGGAGCAGCAGGUGCUGCAGGUCGGAGUGGGGAACCCAGUACCUGCCGCCACACCUGCGCCUCUGGGGGGCCCAUCAGUUAAGCUGGAGGCCCUUAAUGAACUGAUCCACUUUGACCACAUCUACACCAAGCUUGUGGAGCUGGUUAGCGAUGAGCAGGUCACGGACUCGGACAGCAACAGCGAGAAGAUCGAAGAGGCUUCCUUCACCAUGGCUGAGGUGGUGGUCGAGGAGGAGACUGUCUGCGUCAAAGAUGAGCCGGAGGAAGUGGUCAUCCCCAGCAGUGACAGUCAGAGUCAGGUGGAUGACUUCUUCCCCGCGGCCCCCACCUCAGCUUUCAGCAGCCUGGAUAAGGAAGCCUGUCUAGCGGACACCUACAGCGACUCUGGAUAUGAAGGGUCCCCGUCCCCUUUCAGCGACAUGUCCUCCCCCCUGUGCUGUGAAAGCUCUUGGGAUGACAUGUUUGCUAAUGAACUCUUCCCACAGCUUAUUAGUGUCUAAAAAAAAAAACCAACUCUGUGCCCUCAAAAACGUACCGUAUACAGUUGACGUGUAGUGUUUAACUACACUUUAAGCAUAUGAUGCGCCUCUUCACCCACUUAUAGGCUAAUGUUAAGCACAUAAUCUCCUCGUAUUACAGCAGGUUUGUACCACUGAUACGUUGACUUGUGGGAUGUGGAGUUUCGUGUGAGCUUACUUUUAGCUUCAUACUUAAUUCACCGCAAAGGAUCUAAGAUUCAAAUCUUUCACUUUUUCUUUUGAAGACACAUGGGUAGAAUUCAGUAUUUCUGUAAAUCUGUAAAGGGCACGGGGACCAAUCAUUUAAAUGUUAUUUAUUUGUAUCCUCAGCUUCAGAGUCCUUGUAUAUGUACGCUUGUAAAAAAAAAAAAGCUUUCUUCUAAUUUGUUGCUCUCUUUGUAGUCUAAUAUCUGCAAUAAAAAAACUGCAUUGCA